UUGUAUCCAAUAUUACACAUUCAACUUCAGCCACCGUGGUUUGGUGACAAUGUAACUUGCAAUUCAGCUAUUUAUAUUUGUUUAUAACUGUAUUUUCUAAACCUAAACCAUCAAAACUAAAGUAUGAAUGUUUAAGGACAAUUAUUCAUAGUUCAUUUAUUCUUUUUUUUAUUAGUGCUGAUUCAGUCUCAGGAGGAACCUCGAUUGAUCUUUGUGAAAUCAGCAGGACUUGGAGAUAAUGUUACCCUUCAUUGUGAAGCUAAAGACAAGAAUAUGAAUUAUUUAUACUGGUACAAGCAAUCUCCUGGAUACUUUCCCCAAAUGGUUGCUUCGAAAUCGUAUGGAUCAAUUACAAUGAAGCCCCACUUUGAUUUAAGAUUCACAAUGGAAGAAGGUACUUCUCACUUUAAUCUGAUCAUUCAAAACGUAACUAAAGGUGAUGAAGCUAAUUAUUUCUGUCGACAAUACUCACUUGACUCCUGGGACGAUUGCACCUUUCUGUCUGUCAAAGAUCACAAUGACCAGAGGUUUGUCUCCCAGACUGUGGUCCAACAGUCUGUGUCAGCAUCAGCUCAGCUGGGAGACCCUGUGGCUCUCCAGUGCUCUAUUACCUCCCAGAGGACGGACCCCAGUAACCAGUGCCAAGGGGAACCCAGUGUGUACUGGUUCAAAUCUGGAUCAUCUCACCCUGCUGCCAUUUACAUGAAUGGGAACAGGAGGGGUGAAUGUCAGAAUAGUUCUGGGCCUCCGUCUGCUCCACAGAGCUGUGUCUACACUCUCCCCAAGAACAAUGUAGACUCCUCUGAUGCUGGGACUUACUACUGUGCCCUGGCAGCAUGCGGGGAAAUUAUGUUUGGAAAUGGAACUACACUGGACAUUACAGAACCCGACCGACAUCUAGUUAACAUGAUGCUUGGAAUACUGUUGGCUUGCUCUCUGGCUGUGAUUAUAAUCCUGUUUCUAACCAGAAUUAAAAAGCAUAUUUUUGAGCAUCGCAAAGGAACAUUGAGUGCUUCCUACCAUGUUCCACGUGACUCAGUGAUUCAGGGAGAAGAGGACGGGGAAAAAGAUGGUUUGAACUAUGCAGCGUUGGAGUUCUCUGGCAGGAAAACCAAGGGAGGGAGGAAUAACAUUGAAAGGACUCAGGAGAGUGUGUAUUCCGCUGUGACAGAAACCUGCCAGUGAAGUCCAUCAACCUGGGAGUUUAUGUCACCUCAUGAGGCUAAUAAAGGAGGUAGUAAUAGUAUUAAUCCAGACUCGUUUAUUGUCAUGAAUGCAUGAAGAUAGUUUAUUUUAUUUGGUAAUGUCAGUUCUUUUGGAUCAUAAACAUUGAAUUGCUAAUCAUUUGUGAUGCUGUCUUUUGUGUAAGAAAUGCAACACUGUAAUCAAAUCUUGACAAUCUUCACAAAUUAACCCCCCUACUGAAGGGCCUACUACGGACUUCAGUGGGGGUUCAGUCCAUCUGUGCACGGCACCUUCUCGACAAUCAGGUGCGUCUGCAGCCAGAGGGGGCGCAACAUGGCAAUUCCCCACAUAAAUGUGGAUGGUUUUUUCUUCAAUUC